CGCUGCGGGGGCGGGGCCUGCGCGUGUCUCGCGCCGGGGGCGCGGGAGGGGAGAGGGGGAGCUGGAGCGCGCGCAACGAGAGGCGGAGAGCCGCGGGCGCGGAGCCGACCUGACCUCCCCUCAGUGCCACCACCGCCACCACCACCACUACCACCGCCGCCUCGCCCUGCCCCGCGCCCUGACAGGCAGAUAUGGUUCUGAACAUCGUGAGCACGUGACUUCAAAGAUGGACGACUGGAUCUUUUAUAAGUUGUGAUUGGCCUUAAGCUGACUUUUAACUGUUGAACAAAUUAACAGGAUUUCUCUCAUUCCUGAUUUAUGCCUAUAUAAUUGCCUCACACCACCAGCUUAAUCAUGUAUGGAAGUGCUCGGUCAGUUGGUAAGGUUGAGCCAAGCAACCAGAGUCCAGGGCGUUCACCAAGGCUGCCACGGUCACCACGCUUGGGCCAUCGUCGAACCAACAGCACAGGAGGCAGUUCUGGGAGUAGUACUGGGGGUGGCAGUGGGAAAACCCUUUCAAUGGAAAAUAUUCAGUCCUUAAAUGCUGCCUAUGCUACAUCUGGCCCUAUGUAUCUAAGUGACCAUGAGAACGUGGGUGCAGACACCCCAAAAAGCACCAUGACUUUGGGCCGGUCUGGGGGGCGGCUGCCUUAUGGAGUUAGGAUGACUGCAAUGGGUAGCAGCCCUAACAUUGCCAGUAGUGGAGUUGCCAGUGAUACUAUUGCAUUUGGAGACCACCAUCUCCCUCCAGUGAGUAUGGCAUCCACUGUGCCUCACUCACUGCGCCAGGCCAGGGAUAACACAAUAAUGGAUCUGCAGACACAACUCAAAGAAGUACUAAGGGAAAAUGAUCUGCUUCGCAAGGAUGUGGAGGUGAAAGAAAGCAAGCUCAGUUCUUCCAUGAACAGUAUCAAGACCUUCUGGAGUCCUGAGCUAAAGAAGGAGAGAGCUCUGAGGAAAGAUGAAGCUUCAAAAAUCACCAUUUGGAAGGAGCAAUAUAGAGUUUUGCAAGAAGAAAACCAGCAUAUGCAGAUGACUAUUCAGGCUCUCCAAGAUGAGCUGAGGAUCCAGAGGGACCUGAACCAGCUGUUCCAGCAGGACAGCAGCACUAGAACCAGUGAGCCCUUUGUGGCAGAGCUGACAGAGGAAAACUUCCAACGACUUCAUGCAGAGCACGAACGCCAGGCCAAGGAACUCUUCCUGCUACGUAAAACCUUAGAAGAGAUGGAACUGCGUAUUGAGACACAGAAACAGACCUUAAAUGCACGUGAUGAGUCCAUCAAAAAGCUGCUGGAGAUGCUGCAGAGUAAAGGUCUGUCAGCAAAAGCCACUGAGGAAGAUCAUGAACGAACAAGACGGUUGGCUGAGGCAGAGAUGCACGUGCACCACUUGGAGAGCCUUCUUGAACAGAAGGAAAAAGAAAACAACAUGCUGAGAGAGGAAAUUCAUCGUCGAUUUGAAAAUGCUCCUGACACAGCCAAGACAAAGGCUCUGCAAACUGUUAUUGAGAUGAAGGAUUCAAAAAUUUCUUCCAUGGAGCGUGGCCUCCGUGAUUUGGAAGAGGAGAUUCAGAUGUUGAAGUCAAAUGGAGCUCUGAGCACAGAAGAACGUGAAGAGGAAAUGAAGCAAAUGGAGGUGUACCGUAGUCAUUCCAAAUUCAUGAAAAAUAAGGUAGAGCAACUGAAGGAAGAGCUAAGUGCCAAAGAGGCUCAAGGGGAGGACCUGAAAAAAAGAGUGGCUGGUCUCCAGGCCGAGAUUGGUCAGGUGAAACAGGAGCUGUCACGCAAAGACACCGAGUUGCUGGCCUUGCAGACAAAGCUGGAGACCCUCACAAAUCAGUUUUCUGACAGCAAGCAGCAUAUUGAAGUACUGAAAGAGUCCCUCACAGCUAAAGAGCAAAGAGCUGCCAUCCUGCAGACAGAGGUGGAUGCAUUGCGAUUACGACUGGAAGAGAAGGAGACUAUGCUCAACAAGAAGACAAAGCAGAUUCAGGAGAUGGCAGAGGAGAAGGGGACUCAAGCAGGAGAGAUCCAUGACCUCAAGGACAUGUUAGAGGUGAAGGAACGCAAAGUUAAUGUUCUUCAGAAGAAGAUUGAAAAUCUACAAGAACAGUUAAGAGACAAGGAGAAGCAAAUGAGCAGCUUAAAGGAUCGAGUGAAAUCCUUGCAGGCUGAUACCACAAAUACUGACACUGCCUUGACUACGCUGGAAGAAGCACUUGCAGAAAAAGAAAGGACCAUUGAGCGCCUAAAGGAGCAGCGUGACAGAGAUGAACGAGAAAAACAGGAAGAGAUCGACAACUACAAAAAAGACAUUAAGGACCUGAAAGAGAGAGUCAGCAUUUUACAAGGAGAUCUCACAGAGAAAGAGUCAUCAUUACUGGACCUGAAGGAACAUGCUUCAUCCUUAGCUUCAUCAGGACUGAAGAAAGAUUCCAGACUCAAGACACUAGAAAUUGCAUUGGAACAGAAAAAGGAAGAGUGUUUGAAGAUGGAAACUCAGUUGAAGAAGCACACUGAAGUUUUAUUGAGUCAUCCAUCCAAGCCAGCUCAUGAAGCAACAAUGGAGGCUAGGGCCAGCCCAGAGCUGAGUGAUCGUAUGCAGCAGCUGGAAAGGGAGGUAACACGGUAUCGGGAAGAAUCUAGCAAGGCUCAAGCUGAAGUGGAUCGUCUUCUGGAAAUCUUGAAAGAGAUGGAAAAUGAAAAGAACGAUAAGGAUAAGAAGAUAGCAGAACUAGAGAGCCUCACCUCAAGGCAAGUUAAAGAUCAAAAUAAGAAAGUAGCAAAUCUGAAGCACAAAGAGCAAGUGGAGAAAAAGAAGAGUGCACAGAUGCUGGAGGAGGCCAGGAGACGAGAGGAUAAUCUUAAUGACAGCUCCCAACAGCUUCAGGACAAUCUACGUAAAAAGGAUGAUCGGAUUGAAGAAUUGGAAGAGGCACUCAGAGAAAGUGUUCAGAUAACUGCAGAGCGGGAAAUGGUGCUAGCACAAGAGGAGUCAGCCAGGAUGAAUGCUGAGAAACAGGUAGAAGAGCUGAUGAUGGCCAUGGAGAAGGUGAAGCAGGAGCUGGAGUCUAUGAAAGCAAAAUUGUCCUCUACGCAACAGUCUUUGGCUGAGAAGGAAACCCACUUGACCAACCUACGAGCUGAAAGAAGGAAACAUUUGGAAGAAGUUCUGGAAAUGAAGCAAGAAGCCCUCCUUGCUGCCAUUAGUGAAAAAGAUGCCAAUAUUGCUCUACUAGAACUCUCAUCCUCUAAGAAGAAGACCCAAGAUGAAGUGGCUGCACUGAAACGAGAGAAGGACCGUCUUGUGCAACAGCUCAAGCAGCAGACUCAGAACCGUAUGAAGCUGAUGGCUGACAACUAUGAGGAUGACCACCUCAAAUCCUCAUCCCAUUCCAACCAAACCAACCACAAACCCUCCCCUGACCAGAUAAUUCAGCCCCUCUUAGAACUUGAUCAGAAUCGCAGCAAGUUGAAGUUGUACAUUGGACAUCUGACAGCCCUCUGCCAUGACCGUGACCCCCUGAUUCUACGUGGUCUCACCCCACCUGCUUCCUACCACCUGGAUGAUGACCGGGCAGCUUGGGAGAAAGAGCUGCAGAAGAUGACCCAGGAGCAGCUUCAUGAUGAAUUAGAAAAGGGCGAGAAGGAAAGCGCAGAGCUACAGGAAUUUGCCAAUGCCAUCUUACAACAGAUAGCGGAUCACUGCCCUGACAUCCUGGAGCAAGUUGUCAAUGCACUUGAGGAGUCAUCAUGACCUCGGCCACUAGCCCCACCAGAGCAGCACACCAGUGGCCAAGCCCAGUCAGUCCAAGGAGCCAUGAGAGUGGAGACGAAAUGUGAAAGACAGAAAAUGGAAUAGAAACUUCUGGUGCACCUUUUACAAAGAAAACAGAAGAAAAGAAAACAACAACCAACUCUCUAAAAACUACAUGCUUUCCAGGUUCUUCCACUUUAUGAUUAAUCAGUCAUGUUUGCAUUCAUCUUCUCACUGCCUUUCUACUUUAGAAUCCAGUUCCCCAUUGACUUUGUUGAUGGUGACUUUUGGAUACAGCUAAGCAGAGCUCUUCCAAGUCUACUGAGCAAAGAAGAGGGGAUCCACUGAACACAAGCAGCUCUAAUUCUCCAUGAGGUUGCAGAAGGGUAGCCCUUGCCUUUUAUUCAUUUAUUGCUUCUUUCUCUCUCUCUCUCGAUUCCUCUCCUCCUUUCUUUCUUUUUUUUUUCUUCCCAUAAAAGCUGAAAGUCUGAAUUUCAUAGUGCUAAAAUCAAACCUGAGUGUGCUCUGAUUAUGGUUUAUGACUGGCCAGCAUCAGCUAGCUAGCUCAGGUCUCACUGCCUAUCUUAGCCUUUCUAUAUUCUUAAAUAAGAGAGAGAGGAAAGGAAAGUUUCACUAUUUGUUCCUGUUAGUCACUUCAUCUAGCAGCUGGAAAACAAGGUAGGCUUACUGGUACUUUCUGUGUACUUAAUUUUGAUUUUUACUAUUUGCUGAUCUGACUCUGAAGUGCUGAGUGGGGCAUUUUUUCAGGUAGAUGUUUUAAUCUGUUGAUUUCUUGGUGUUUUUAGCUGAGGUUUCUCAUCAUAGGUCUGUCUCCUAAGUUCUUAUUUUAUAGAGAGCUCUCUCCCUUUGAGCAAGUGUGGUCAGCAGGUCAGCUCCCAGCUUUAACUUGUAUAGUUUUUUCCAUUGCCAAUUUUUCAGGUCAUAGCUUUGUGAACACUAGCUUCCAUCAGAAUAGUCUUAGCCAUUUUGCAGAUGAGGAAAUCACAUCAUUUAGCUUAAAAGUACAAUUUUAAAGCUAAAGUUAGUUAAAUUGGUAACAGUUCUUACUAUAAUUAUAAUUUAAUUUAUUUUGGUUUAGCUUAGGUUGACAAGGAGUGAGCUUGAGUUCAGAGCAAUAACCCAUUUUUACAAAGAAGAGCAUCUCUGCUGGAGUUGUCACCCAGCUGAGUAGGUAGGUAUAAAAUCAGAGCUUUAGUUAAACCAGUGCAAUUCUUAUAUGUGUAUGAGAGGCCUUAGUCUUGUUCCCAUCCAUCUUUGACACUCUUUAAAGCCCCUGCUGAUAGGUAAUAUGACCUGAAAUAGCAGGUCAGUUUGUCAUUGUGGUGACAAGUCAGGAUCCUAUUUAAUGAGUAGGAUUUGGGUGUUCAUUCUUGGACUAUGCACUAAUGGGGAGACACGUUUUUUUCUUGGCUACCAGUGGUUAUGUGUGUCUGGGGGCAUCUGCAGGACAGAACCCUUUAACACAUCCCCGUGUGCUCCUUAAAGGAGUUGUUCCCCUUUAGCUUUCUCGUAUUACUUAAGAGAAUGAGAGAAGGGCAAAAGGAGACCAAAUAUCAACAGAGCAGUGGAAUAAAUCUUGGGUUUCUAGUGACUAGCUGAUUAUGAAUCCUCUCAGUAAAGCUCUCAUUCAGAGCCUGCAGUUUAAUUCAGUAUGACUUACUACAUUUUGACCUUAAUCACUAAACUGUUAUGGUAAUGAAAAUGUUCAAGCCCUCUCAGGAAAGUUGCAUUUCUUACGUCUUUCAAAUCCAUAGCACAGCUCUCCUGUAGGUCUUUCACACCCUGUUUUUAUCUUUAGAAGUGACCAAUUGCUUCUAACAGAAAGGAGAUCAGCAGAAGUUGAGUAAAGGAAGAUGUACCCUGUCUUUUUUUCAGACAAGCACUGAAAAAUGUGCAAAACUGAAACCUUAUAUACCUGAGACUCUAUUAACUGAUUUAAAAUAAAUCACAUCCCAAUUCAUUCUACUGUAAUGAUUCAGCAGAAGGAACUGAAUCCAUAACCAUGGUGUCCACUAGGAAGAAAUAUGUAAGUCUCCAAAGAAGAUGUGAUUCACACCUUUCCAUGUUUUGAACUGCCGGUGCUUUGCAAAUCAGGAAAUGUAGCUUUAGUUCUUGCUGUAGUAGCAGCCUGUGUCUGAAGCUUUUGUUGUCAUGGAUGAGGAGAGUAAUGAGAACUUGAGUGUGUGCAAGGGGGAAACACCGGAAGGCGUGCAGACAGUGACUGUACAUACCACUGAGCCAUGUCUCAUCCCAGAACCACCCCUUUGGUCCCAUUAUUUGAGUCAGCACGUUUUGAUAGCAGCUGUUGUUUUGAAAUCUUUCCUCUUGCUUUUUCUUCAUCACCCCUAAUUACUCACUUAAGGAAUUUAAUGCUGCCUGUAAAAGCAUCAGAGCCAUCAGCCUAAUAUCAUCGCGCCACCGCCACCACUCCUGACUAUCUCAUUAACUUAUAUGGUCAAAUCUCCAGCUGCCAUGGUUCCCUGCUGUAAAACAAUCCCUUCUCUGUGAGAAGCUGUGGAAUUUCCCUUAUCAAUGGUUCAAAUGACUCCUGCUUGUAAACCUCUUACUGAGAUGUUCCUUGAUAGCGUCUCUGCUGCAAGCAGGGGGAGGGGAUGGGAGCGAGGGGUGGUCACUUUGGGCUGUCAUUUCAAUUCCCUUCAUUUACUGCAUUGCCCACACAUCACAGGAAAGUGCUGAAUCUUCUGCAUCUUAAACUCAGCCUGUGGCUGCAUUUCUGGAGUUGAAAGUGCCCCAGCCAAAGGCAUGGUGCUGUCCUGGCAGCGUGUGCGGGAUCCAUGCAUCAGCAGCUAGGUGAAUCUCACUGUUUACAUAUCUCCUGGCCUCUUCCCUGAGAGGAUUUGUCAAGCCUGGCUACUUUUCAUGCUGGCCAUGUGGUCUUUUAUCUCCCAGGCACACACCUGCUGUUCCUCCCAUCUGCAUUGUUAGGCCUUUGCAGUUUUUCUCGUUAACCACUGUUAUCUUCCAGGUCUUCCAGGCUUCCCAUCUUAAACAUUGAUCUUAGACCUCAAUAAAGUGCUUUCAGGGAGAGAGCAGAUCUCAUUUAGGAACAGGCUUGAUCCAACUUGAUCUCCAUUGAACUAUUUCAGGUAAUCUCUCUGAUCCUGUGUCGACAGAGAUCUUGUGAUGGUGAAUAGCUUAAGGAUCUAGGUGAUUUGGGAGUUACUGCUGGCCAUGGUUUAAUGCUGAACAUGACCAGUGAAAGCUUUUUCUUUUCACUUAUGUGGAGUUCCACACCAUUGGCCUUAGGGCAAUGAACGGAUUUUGUUACCAUAACCCAUCACAAAAUUGCAUAUCAAGCAUAUGGCAGAAGGGCCGUAUGUGUGCACAUACUGCAGUGUUCAUCCAGUUGCCUAACCCACCACUCUCUUAAAGUCUGAUACCCAAGUGUCAGCAGCCAGGCAAAAAAUAGACAGUUUCCUAGCACAGCAGUCCUGCAACACAGCGGCUCUGGGAAAUCAGGGGCCCUUCCCAGGGAGCCUGGGGAAACUUGCUUUUUUCUUCUCCUGUUGAAUGAAGUUCCAUUUGCUGCUGGAGCUGUGAAAGUUUUAAUUGCUUUAAUGUGUGUUGUUUUUUUUUUCUUUCAAGCUGUCAUUUGUACAGAAACUGAGAGAUGUAAGGAGCUGUCUAUAGAAAAUUAAAUAGGUUAUUUUAGCUGGGUUUGGGCUAAAAUAUAACUCAAGCCUGAAGCCCACGUACAGUGUAAAAGCUGACACCCCAGCCAUGCUUCUUCAUGACAUCCCUGAGUCCAAGUACAUAUUUUCCUCUGAAUCCAGCCUCAUGUAAAACACUAAAAGGACAUUACAACACUAGAAUUGCAGGGUGAGGACAUGAACACUGUUUGUGAUUGGAAGAAGAAUUGCCUGGCAUUCUCCCAAAGGAAGCUCUAGGCUUCUAGUAUUUGCUCUCAUUUUGACUGCCUUUAACCAGCUUUCCCUCUAGAAAAUGCCAAACACUCUUUGGAGUAUCUGAUUUUUGCCAAGUCCAGGGGACAGAAGGUGAAGGUCUGAUGUGAUGCACAAAACUGUGCGUGCUGUUUCUGGUUGCACAGCUGGAAUAUCCCUUCUCUUGCAAAUUUUCUGGACUUUGGGGCUCUCGGUAUUUUGCACAAGGGAGCAUUUAUGUCAUAAAUCUUGUAGAGGUAACCCUGGUUUUGUGAACCAAAGGGGCACCUCUUUUCAUUUGCCCUGUAGUUCCCACCCAUUCUGCUGCUAGUGCUCGAUUUGUUUAGGGAAUUUCUACAUUUGAUAAAAGUUGACAGGGUUGAGUCCCCAUUCCUGUCCUAAUUGCCAAUCGUUGCCACUGAAGGGGUCUUUAUUACAGAGGAUGUAGAGAGUCACACACUGAUACCGUUUUAAAGCAAAAAUUUCACCACAUAAGUAAUGCACGUAUUCGUCAAAUGACUCCACUGAAAUGGAGAAGGGAAGGAGUACAAUCAAGGCAUCUGAUACUUAAAGGAAGUCUCUACUCAGCUCGACGCCCGCAUUGAAGGAGGGAACCGGAGAGGACACAGAAGGCUAUGGACAACUAACACUGCCCCAGCGAAGCUGGUGGGGUGGGAGGGUCAGGCACGGGGCAUCACGCCUGGCAAGGCCAACUCUGCUAACCCCUCUUGUCAUCGUGGCAAGGAAAAGGAGAGUCAGGGGGUUUUUAAACAAUACAAUGUUUUUAAUUGUUUUUUCCACAUGAAUGGAAGGAAACUUACGCAACAGCAAAUCCUUCUGAACAAAAUGGCUGUGUCCGCUGACUGUUUUUAAAAAAAAACCAAGAAAAACUGUUUCAAAACUUUUUAGUGUCAAAAGCAUAAACACAGAAACCCUGACUUUUUCCAGUGUGUGUGGUGAGUGCUGUAACCCUGUCAUCAAUAUCUCUCCUGACUUUUUCAGGGGUGUUUUUUCCUGUCUUGUUUUCUGCUUGUCGAUAUUGUCUGUGUGGUCCUAAGGCUGGGGCAGUUACCAACAAUGUGUGUCUGUUGUCGGAUUAAACAAAAAAGGUAGUAGUAGAACUGAAAAAGAUGUGUUUUAAAAAAAUAUAUAAAAAUUCAAUUUCAUCAAAAGGAAUUCAAGUAAAGAAGCGACAAAGCUAUGACUCCUCCUUUCGGGAUUGUACAGAAAAGGAUUUGUGGGCUUAUAAUCAUAACCAGUUGCCUUUCACAGGCUUUUGAGGUCCAAGGCAGCUUGGCCUCUUAGGAAAUGUUACAAACCCUGUAAAAAUUCCUGCUCCCCCAGGUUUAUACUGUACACGUGUAAUACAGAAAUGGGCAGAUGAAACAGUAUUUUGGAAAUCAGUCUUUUCUGGUAAUGGUUAUCAACACCAGGGCUCCACUGAUGUAAAUGGGACAAAUGGCUUUGGCCAGAUUUUCCCUGUCUUCUCAGUCGUGCCCGUGGAUCCCAGGGCCAUGUGCCAGUGCAGGUAGUUGUGUGUAGGUCCAUUUUCAAAGUUGUAUUUCUGGUAUUGGUCACAUAGCUACAGCAGGUUAUGGUACAGAGAAGGACUAGCAGCCACCUUCUGCUGCAGUUGCAUCAAAGGAACAAUGUGAGGUUAAACCGGCAUGUAACAUAGACAAAAAAACCCACACAAAUUGCUUCACCUAUGAGACUAGGUAAAGGAUUUCAUUAAAUGAAUGUAUUUUUUAUAUCAAUUUAUCGUAUGCUAUUUGUCCCCAUUUUGCACUUCUACUUUGGAUCUUGGAAAUCAAGUUAAUCCCUUUUGCUUUUAAGUAGAUAUUUCCACUUCAGGUUCUCAGUGCUUUGGUGGGGCUUUUUGUUCAAAACAUUGGUUUUCCAUUUGGAAACCAUCAAGAGAUGGAUCUGUCACUCAUGUACUAUUAUGUGGUUAUCUAAAAGCCAGAUUUUACGAGUAGACGUUGUUCCUUUAACCUAGCCCAUCUUCCCAGCUCUCUGGUGACAUGGACAAGUCUCUGUCGUCCCUGCCUGCCCAGGGGUGGCUGCAUUUGGCCCUUACUGACAUGCUCGUUACAGUAUAUCUGGGGUGCUUUAGUGGCAGAUGCCUUUAUCUGUGCAGAUGCCUUUAUCUGUUCAGAUGCUGAAGGAGGAUGAAUCAAACGGGACCAUGAACAGGGGAAUAAUUUCUGUGCUAGCCCAACAUGCUGCUCCAAGCCCACUAAAACAGUAUACUGCCGUUUCCCUCCAAGUCAGUAAAUGGCAAGAGCUGCACACCAGGCUCACAAAUUGUUUGUGGGGUUAAAAAUCUGUGGGAUGCUCCGUCCUCUCCACAGACACGGAUCCCUCAUUUGCUUUGGAAGAGACGUGUUGCACUUUAGCGGAGGGGGAGACGGGCUUUGGGGAAGGGAUCUAGCGUACUUGAAUUCCUUUUGGAAAUAACAGCAGCGGGAGACAUUGAUGUCUGUGAUGCAAGUGCGCACGCUGCCUUCAACUUGUAUGUGUUUUAUUGCUGGAGUCAUGUUACUGACAGGAUAAUGAAAUUGCAAAGAAAAUGUGUUAUAUUCAACUUUGCCUUGAUAAUAUAAACACUUUGUUCAUUUUUUUCUUCUUUUUUUAUUCACAGACUAAGUUCAUCAGGAAAUUAUAAAAUUAUUUAAAAAUCC